UUAAAAUCUCUCUCUCUCUCUCUCUCUCUCUCUCUCUCUCUCUCUCUCUCUCUCUCUUCUACCUCUUGAUCUUCUUUACCAAAAAAAACCAAGAUAUAGGGGCAUUUCCGGAGUCUGUAUUUUAAGAGAGACAACAUGGGAGAAUCUUCUGCUUCAUAUAUACACUUGGUGCAGCACCUUAUAGAAGAGUGCAUAUUAUUCAACAUGAGCAGAGAAGAGUGCAUGGAUGCUCUCUCCAAACAUGCUAAUAUCAUGCCAGUCAUUACUUCCACAGUGUGGAAAGAGCUAGAGAAAGAGAACAAGGAGUUCUUCCAGGCUUAUGCAAAAGACAAAGAGGAGAGAGAAAGUGAAAUGGAGACGACGCAAAGAAUUCACAAGAGGCUGUUGGAUUCUUCCAAAAAAGAUAUCAAUGACCGCGACUAGCUCUACCCCACCUGUACUAGGGAAUUUGAUUGGCUUGUUUCGCACUUGUGGGUCUUACACUAUAGCGAUGUAGCGCGCAAUCGGAGCCUUGCAUUUACGUUAUCAGUGGUUUAGACUUUAUCACGCGCGACAAUAGGUUGCUCGAUCAAAUGAUCUAUAGAAGUGUAAUUAUAAAUGGAUUGUUUGGAUCACGUCUUACACGUUGCAGUACUGGGCCCCCCGUUCCACAAACUGGACAUGGCAUGCCAUGCGGAAUAUAUGAAUUGAUGUUUGAGCCAAA